AAAUUAUUAAUAAUAAUAAUAGGUUAUAAAGCGCCGCAAAUAUGUCGAGCCCGAGUUUGUCGACCUGUCGGUAUUUCGUGAAACGAAAAAAACGCUACUGCAGAAUGACCGUCAAACAAGGCAGCAAUUAUUGUGGCGAGCAUCUUCCGCAGGAGCUUGAAUCUCCCUCGGAAUCACGCAUUGGUACCGAAGAUGUCAAAGCGAGUCGUAAGAGGGUAGCGUGUCCGUUGGAUCCGACUCACACUUGUUAUGCAACCAAACUUGUCAAGCAUCUUAAAGUUUGCAACGUCAAACAGCUGAGGGAUGCGCAGCCUGACUACAUCGUCAAAGGCAUUAAUUGCGGGGAAACUAGUAUCGAGUCCUUGCCUCACGUUCCACUAUCGCAACUCGACAAUUCCACCUUGGAUAGAGUUUUGCAAAAAAUCGAUGUUGCUUAUGAAUCUAUACCGCACGUUCCAGAAAUAAUACUCGCUCAUUCGGUCCUCAAAGAUGAAUUGAGCAAUGAUACCUAUGGCAAAGAUGUUAGAAAACAUCUGCUUCAGAAUGCUUCUUUAAUCGCUCAUCUGCAAAGAGCUGAUCUGGUUCGCGACAAUACAUGUUUCAUCGAAUUUGGAGCAGGAAAAGGCAAACUAACGUACUGGCUAGCACAAGCAAUUAAGGAGCAAAAAAGUUCCGCCGUCAUGUUAGUCGAUCGUUCCAGCCAUAGACACAAAAGCGACAACAAAUUAAAGAACGAGACAAUCUCUCUAGAUAUUAUACGUGUCAGAGCAGACAUUGCAGAUCUUGCCUUGAACUCUGUCAAGGAAAUAGAGCACUUCAAAAACAAAGUUGGUAUAGCCAAGCACCUCUGCGGAGCUGCCACCGAUUUGACAAUGCGCUGUUUAGUUCAAGCGAUGCGUGGCGAAGCUGAAUUCUAUGUGGCCGGUAUGGUGGUCGCGUUCUGCUGUCAUCACAGAUGCGAAUAUACGCCAUAUGUGGGUAAAGAUUACUUGGAGAAAACAUGUGGCUUUAGGCCAUCGGAGUUUUCGAUACUCUGCAGUAUAGCUAGCUGGGCAACAUGCGGCUCGGGAAAAAGUAGGAGUGCCAAAAGUACAGAGAACGAUAAUGGGAGCGUAGGCGAUCAGAAUGGUUCGGAUUCGGUUAGCCCACUUCAAAAACGUGAAUCUAUCGGUAGGAAGGUGAAGGCCUUACUGAAUUGGGGUCGCGUCGAGUACCUCAAGAACGCCGGCUUCGAUUGUCAGUUGAUAAAUUAUACCUCUACUGAUGUUUCUCUAGAAAAUAUGUGCAUCGUCUCGUCAAGAAAAUCUGCAACAGCAUGAUAAACCUUUACAACCGUUUUAUCCGUU